AUGACGGCGCAGCCCUACCGAGGUAACGGUCAUAAACUUUGGUUGACUUGGGUCGACUCGACUAAAACAAACAGAUCUUCGGAUCAAGAAACACUCUUCUCAUGCCCCUCAACAAGCAGCAGCGCAUCGUCGAGGGUGGCCCGCGCGUUCAAUGUGCGAGAGGACCUCCUCGACUCGUCAAUGUGGCAUAUCUUCUCCUCAAUCUUCGAGACCGCGCUCGGUGUAUGGCUGGGCAGCGGCUGCUGCCCGUAUCCGGGGCUUCCAGAUGGUUCGAGAACCAUCAUCUCGAGGCUCUUCGUGAGUUUGGAUGAAUGGAAAUGCGCUUGUCGACGCAACGACGACCAACCGGAUACCAGGCAGGCUGUUUCGGGGAGUGCCGAUAGCUGCGUCAAGGCAGGCAAGGUGGUCAACCAGGCCCUCAACGCCACCGUCCACGCGUUUAGUGUCCGGUGGCUGCCGCUUGUGGCUGGCACCCGCAUCCCGACCGAAAAGCUGAACAACCUGGCCCGCAGGCUCUGGCACAAUGCGCGGUCCCAGAUCCUGUUGAUCUUGCAGAAGCGUUGCUAUCGCUCGAUCUUGGCCCUCUAUAUAUUCGGGAUGACGCCACUGCCCCCUGGUCUCGAGGAUCACGAGCUCGCCCACGGGAACAUAGGCGAAGUGUGCGUCGACAUCGCCAUGAGGCAACUGCAGAGCGUGCGAGCCAAGAGGCACGUCAGCCGCUUCUCAUCGGCGGCCAUCGCCACCGAUUCUCCGUCGGGGUCAGCGAUACCGACGGCGGCCACAUCAGUCCAUACACUUGACGAGGGAUAUGAACUGCGUGAGACGAUCGCGUAUUGGGCAGGAUUCGUAUUCGACACGUCUGCUUCUUUCACGACUGGCUUGCCUUCGAUACUUCAUGCCAGCCUCCUGGGGUUUGAACAGGAAAGGACCGUGCAACUCCUAAAGAAGACGGCACAGGAGUUUCACGACAAGACAGAGGACUGGAGAGCCAAUGGCUUUGAGGUGACUAACCAACGCGCCAUAUGGAUAGUCCAGUCCGCCAGCGGUUGCAAAGGAGUGUUUUGGAAGGCAGUGGCCGCAUUGCGAGAAGCGUUGAACUACGGCCAUGAGCCGCAUGCGGUUGUCCGAGCACAAACAGCUGUCUUGCAAUGCAUGCUCAGAUAUGACGUGACUUACGCUCCACUGCUUGCAGCUUGUAAGCGAGCCUUGCUCUUCCUCGAAUUCGAGGCCCAACUCAAUUGGUAUCUUCUCGCUCUUCACUAUCACUUAGGGCUCCUCAUCCUGUACGACACCCUGGAUACCUUCGACAGGAGAGACUUGGUAACGAAUCCAGACAACGCGCAAUGGUCUGCAGUCCAGGAGACUGUCAACAUCAUCUUGCUCGGGGUUCAAUGCAAGAUUUCCCUUCAAACCGUCUUUGGCUCGACCUCAGCCCCUCUUCGUGACGACAUGGUGUCACUCCUCAGCGUCGACCCUUAUCCGCACCAUGUCGCUACAGCCCUGAGCCUGGUGUCCGAUUUCUUGAAGAAGGGCUCUAGCGAGACCUGUAAGAGCUCUGAAGCCCUCAAACAAGUACGAAAACUGGCAACGAUGGCUUUCGACCAACUCCCGCAAUGCUCAGCCUCGCUCCAAGCUUCCCGAGUUAGCGUCGCUGCAAAAUUGGACGAGGUCCAACAACUCCAGGACUCUCGAAUCGCUGACAAUUGCAGGAAGCUACCAAGCAAGAGCCUACACCAGCAUCCGGGAGUCGAGUGUGGCGGAACCCACGAGUCGCGAAGAGAGGGUUUUGAGACCAUCGACAGGCUUUCAACUGGGACCGUGCACCACACAGCCGAAAACAUUACCAGCAGUGGAGAGUCUCAGCGGACGACAUCAGGAUCUGUGGAUUACUGGGAUUGGACGUCGAGUGAGGACAGCCCACUGAGUUUUGAAAUGCCUGGGGAUGAUAUGUUCUUGGCCGAUCACGGUCUGUUUGAAGUGAGUAGGCGCCCGAGCUGCAACUUGUUCUGA